UAUAACUGUCGUGGUGGAACCUAUCUAUUGUAUGUCUGUGCAAGUAUUUUACAUUGACUUUUAAAAUCGCACAAGUGAAACAAUCUCUGUACUUAAUAUUAUUUUAGACGAAUUAUGAACAAUUUAGAUUAUUGACCUACUUUAAUAACGUGAAACAUGGAGUUUUACAGAUGGUUACUACUAGGGACGAUUUGUAUAGGCUUUAUAGUUGUUUAUGUGUACAUCGUUCAUGGUGGAAUCUAUUUUGGUUUUGAGUUUAUAAAGCCAAUGGUUGACAUCGACUUAAAUACAUCAAAUAUUUUCAAAGAGAGACAAAGUCAAAGCUCUGCCCCUGCGAUGCCAGCAUUUGUGAAGGUUUCUGGAACAAAGGCUUACCUUCUAUCUGCAGUUUUCAAGUCAAAAUUAGACGAGAAUAAUAGAACAGGUUUAAAAGGAGUCAGAAAUGGUAUUGUUGUAACAGGAUGGUAUGCACCUGUAAACAGUAAACCUAGGUACGGGCCACUCUCUUGUUGUUUUUAUCACGAGAAUGGUGGCAUUUCUUCGGGACCAGCAGAACGUCGGAACAGUUUUAAAGAAUCCGAAAGAGAUUUGUUCGAUGUUUUACAGUGCGUGUGUCCCAUUCAGGAUUCCAAUAAGGGCCCUGUGACAAAAGUUUCGAUUGUUGAGGUCGACGACGUUUGUACUAACAAUACUGAUCACUAUAUAGAUGCAGAAAAUAUUCCAAAUCGGAAAAUAAAUGGGACAGCACUAUGUGCGAAAAUCAUGUAUGGAUCAUUAGAUGCUGGAUUUCUGAUAGAAUAGUUUGAAGCUCAGCGGCUGCUUGGGAUUAAUAAGAUAUUCUGUUAUAUACACCGUGACUUGAACGCAGAAGCAAAGGAAGUCAUAAAGUAUUACAAAAAAAAAGAACUUUGCUAAAGCUAUUCCUUUUGAUGUUCCAG